AUGGCAUUCAAAGGAGCAUGGCACCGAGGCGAUGGUGGUAAUAGUGCAGGAGGUGGUUCAGGUGAUCGUCGUUAUACAUCAUCCGCAGAUUCCUUUCAAUCAUUCGCUCUACCUCCACAAGGUGUGUCUGGCAAUCAAAUAGGUUUACCGUCUAUGAAUUACCAAACAAAUCCCAAUUCAAUGUACUCUGUUAUAAAUUCUGGACCAUCGAUGUUGUCCUCAACAAAUUAUUCAUCUGCAACGAAAAGUCUACCGUAUACUGGAACUGUAUCAAAUAUGUAUCGAGAUUAUGGUGUUAUUGACAAUGAAAUUUCAUUUAAAUUGAAUGCGGUCUCCGGUCCCCUACCACGUGUCGGUGAUCAUGUUGUAUGUCAAAUGAAACCUGCUGAAGGUUAUGCUACUCAAACGCCUUACAAAUAUUAUGGAUUCGAAGUUCGAGUAGUUCCAGGACCUCCAGAUAAUCGGCGACCACAACGUCCGACGGGAGGAGGUAACAGUUCACAACCAAUGUCACGCAAUUCUGAUUCUUAUAUUAAUCGUAACCCAAAUCGUAACCAAUCAUCGAAUAUGAAACGGCCAUUGCCUUCAAAUAAUAAUAAUAAUAAUAGUCAUAGCAAUAAUAAUAAUAAUAACAACACGAAUGCUGACCAUCACCACCAGUAUGGCAACAAUAAUCGUGAUCGACAUGGGCCUGUGAAUAAUGGUUCCAACGCUAAUGAUCGUCGUCGCUCAGAUUCCACACGACGAAGUCGAUCGCGUACGAACAAAGCUAUCACACCGAAACGAACUUCGCGAGUACCACUGCCAAAAUAUACUUGUACAUUACCAAAAGCAUCACUCGACUGCUCUGAAUUAAAUGUGACACAAAUUCGUUCCCAUUAUUCACGUUUACAUAUUCCAUCCGAUUUUUAUCAUGCAUCUUAUACGUGGCAUCAAACAAUACCACUCGAUCGUCCUAUGAAAUUUAUUACUCCUUGUUCAUUUCAUGUAUUUAAUAAAAAUGUACCACGUCUAUCGACUGGUAAAGUUUCCGUUCUCGAUCCACCUGAUGCCGAUUAUUCAUGGAAUGUUCGAGUUAUGUUAAUGUCAUCACCAGAUAUUCAAACAUUGAUAUCGCGUUCGUGUUUAAUCAACAGCGGUGAUAGUAAAACUUCUUCAACAAUAAAUCCAGAUGAUUUAGAACAUCCAACAAAACUAAUCAAAUUUCUUGUUGGUGUUCGUUAUCAGAAUGAAUAUUUUCCAUUAGGCGGUUCAUGGUCUGAAUCACUUGAUGGUCCCAAUCCCGAUACCGAUCCUCAAGUGCUUAUUCGCACAGCUAUUCGUUGCACUCAUGCACAGACUGGCAUUGAUCUUAGUAAAUGUCUUCAAUGGUGCCGUUACCUGGAGGUGCGCUAUCAUCGUCCAGAAGAAAUUCACAAGGGUCGUUUGAUUGAGAGUCGUGUCGAAAAUAUCAUCGUUUUCCUGCCGGAUAUUGCUGCUGCCUGUAUGCCAUCAAGCCUCGAAUGGGAAGAAACAAUAUCAAUGUACAAGCAAGCAUGUGAUGAAGAAAUUGCUGAAGAACUCAACGAAGCCACUACAUCUGAUGAACAAAGUGAGACACCUAGUGCAUCUCAUCAUUCAGCUGUUGACGUGGAAAAUCUUCGUGUGAGCGAUCUCAAAAAAGAAUUGAAAGCACGCGGACAACCUGUUACUGGAAUAAAAGUCGAUUUGAGAAAACGACUAACUAAAGUACUCCAACAAGAGCAAGCCGAUGAAGAAAAAGCUGCAGCUGUUGCCAGUACUGAAACUAGCGAAGAACAAGCACAAGGAUCAACAACUGCGCCGGAAACAACGUCGAAAUCGGAAAAAGUUGAAAUAAAAGAACAUAACCAAGCUGAUAUUGAUAAAUUACGAAAAGAUAUCGAAAGCAAAUAUCAACUUCCUUCCCAACGUUCAAUACUUGUUCAUCCAACCACAGCUAAAGGUGAUAAAUUCGACUGUCGUGUUGUAUCACUUCAUUAUCUCCUCAACUAUGCAAAUAAAGACACAAUUAAGGAAAAAUGUUUCGAACUGUAUCUGUUCUCUGAAGCGUUUUCUGAAAUGUUAAUGCGUGAUUAUUCUUAUCAUAUCUACCGAUCAUUAUACAGUUGUUUGGAAGUCACAGAUACAAGCAGUGAACCUGCGAACGCGAAUACUGAACUAAUAACAAACGAACAACAAACAAAUCAUGAAGCAAAACAAGAAGAACAAGUUGAAACUAUGGCAACAAGUAAUGAUGAUGUUCCUGUGAUUGAUUCGGAUACAAACGCAGAAGAAAAUGAAAAGAAACGAAAACGAACGCCAAGUCAAGAUGAUUCAUCCGAGCAGCAUAAGAAAGCAGCUCAUGAAGAAACUAAUGAAAAUCAUAAGACAUCUACCACAACGGUUCAGACUCGGCAACGUACAAUUCAUCCUGAACUAUUGCUUGCGUUUACAUAUUUCGAUCGAAAUCGUUGUGGUUACCUAACGGAGAAAGAUCUGGAAGAAAUUCUUCUCCUAGCCGGCUUAUCUUUAACCAAAAGCGAAGCAAAAAUCUUAGUUAGUCGAACGGCGCAUAAUGAAAAAGUUCAAUAUCAUAAAUUAACUGAUAAAGCUUUACCAACCGAUGAUAACAAUUCAACAACUUCGAUUGAAAUCAGCGAAACUGACAUUGAUCCACUUGCACCAAAAGGAAACCUACUCUCCUUGCCGUCACAUGUGUCUGUGUUUGGAAUACGUUCAACUACAACCAACGAGACUCAAUCGACGAAUUCCCUGGAUAAUCAACGUGCAAUGAAACAACUGGAAAUAUCGAAUAAAAUUCAAACAGGUCUGGAAUUGAAAAUUGACACUUUGAAAAAGGAAAUUCAAAAACUUACGGAUGAUUUACAUUCCGCACAAAAGAGUAGUCGGUCCUAUAGCGACCAAUUAUCCGAUACGAAGAAACGUUUACGUGAUACUCAACACGAUCUUAAAGAACUCGAAGAGAAAUACAAACGUUAUUCGGAUGCGCUGUAUCGUGCUCGUGGUGAAUCACGUACAUUAUUCGAUCAUAUCACACAUACACUCGGUAUCAAAGAAAAACAACCGUCUCAAACGCGAAAAUCAGAAGAUGAUACCAAGAAAAGCCUUCCUACGAAACCAUCAAAUGAAACCGAUAAACCUAAACAAACAGAAAAACCAGUCGAAGAAGAACCGACAACAAAAGCCGAAGCUUUAGAAAUUGUUCCACCCGAAUCGACUGAAUAG